AUGGCCGCGCAGGCCCCAAAAGUCGCCGGAGACCCAGAGUCAGGCGACGGCACAAAAAAUAAAGAACCAAGCAUAUCCACGCAAAUCACAAAAGCUGACCUCACAGCAGCCCUGGAGACACUCUCCAAUAGUCCAAUCACAACAUGGCAGCACACAGCAGACUCCGUGCUGAAGGACAUCCAGGAGCUGGGUAAACAGACGUUGCACAUGGAGGAAAAAUGCAAUGAAUUCGCUACAGCUCAUAAUGACCUAGCCAAUAAUGUGGAACAAAUGGCAGAAAAAAUCACCCUCUUUGAAGAAAAAAUGGCGGACAUGGAAGACCGUGGAAGACCGUUCCCGCCUAAAUAA